AUGCGCGUGGAUAGUUUGUUGAACGGCAUGCGGGCUCUGAUCUGUCGAAGUUUCGUCACGCGCGGUGGACUCGGGCGUGAUGAUUUCUCAGCCAUCUGGCCCUCCGGUGUUGGCGUAGGCUGGCGCGGUGGCCUGUCCGUUCCCGAAGUGGCGACUUGCUUUGGCCAAAUUGACUCCCAGCACCAAAUAUGGAUUGGGCAAAUCGUUGCACUUGUUGAUGGAUUUGGAGCCCAUCGGCUCACUCGACUGUCACCUCUUGCGAGAAUUUCGGCCUCAUCAAAUUUGAAUGUGUGA